AUGGCAAAUAAUGUUACUGAAUUUAUCCUCAUGGGCCUUUCCCAAAAUAAGGCAGUACAGCAGCUAUGCUUCGUUUUGUUCCUACUCUUUUAUACGAUUCUCAUGACUGGAAAUUGUUUCAUUAUAAUGACCAUUCAAAGGAGCCCAAAUCUCAACUCUCCAAUGUACUUCUUCCUUAGCUUCCUGUCCUUUGUCGACAUCUGCUAUUCCUCUGUUACAGCCCCCAGGCUGAUUACUGACUUUCAAGCCAAGGUCAGAAGAAUCUCUUUUGUUGGUUGUAUGGUCCAGCUCUUUUUUGUCCAUUUAUUUGGCUGCACGGAGAUCUUCAUCCUCACGGCGAUGGCCUACGACAGGUACGUAGCCAUCUGUAAGCCUCUGCGCUAUUUGACCGCCAUGGACUGGAAGGUCUGCUCCACACUGGUGGUGUCUUGUUGGUUAGGAGGGUUUCUGCAUACCUUUAUCCAGACCAUGCUCACUGUACAACUGCCCUUCUGUGGCCCCAACCUGAUUGACCACUACUUCUGUGAUAUCCACCCUUUACUGAAGCUGGCUUGCACAGACACGUACGUGGUGGGGCUCAUUGUGGUGGCCAACAGUGGCCUGAUUUCACUCAGCUGCUUUGUCAUCCUCGUGGGCUCUUACAUCGUCAUCUUGCUUUCCUUCAAGACCCGCUCAUCAGAAGGGAGGCGCAAGGCCCUGGCCACAUGCGCUUCCCACAUCACUGUGGUGAUCUUGUUUUUCGUCCCUUGCGUCUUCAUCUACUUGAGACCUUCCACCACUUUUACUGAGGACAAGAUGGUGGCUGUGUUUUACACCAUCAUCACACCCAUGCUGAACCCUCUAAUCUACACCCUGAGAAACAUGGAGAUGAAAAAUGCCAUGAAGAGACUGUGGAUCAAGAGGUUCGGGGGAAGAAAUAGGAGAGAUCCUGAUGGGAGGUUCAGUGGGACUGGCACAGUCUCAGUUGUACCGAUUUCCAAAAGGGCUGCUGGAAAUGAGUCUGUCAUCAUCCCUUAA